CAGACCGAGACAACACACACACAUUCCGGCUCUGAUAGAAUGGAUCGAGUAUUCGAGUUGCGGCUUUCUGUCGGACCAUCUCAGCUGAGGUCAGGCAACACUCAGACUUCGGGAAUCGCCGCUGGGACCAGACACGAGUUAACCUGUCAAAGCCCCGUCGUGGGUCGCCCUGCGCCCGCGGCGUAAUCCAGUCCAUCGAGAGCAGAGUGUUGUCGAAUAUGGCCGAUCCCUCCGUGCCAGUGACCGACGGUCAUGCACCGUUUGUGUACGAAAACGAGACGUUCGACACCUACUUCAAGGUAUUCGGUCAACUGGACGGCCGUACACGCGACCCACUAGUCGUUCUCCAUGGAGGGCCCGGUCUCACACACGACUAUAUGCUUCCUCUCUCCGAUCUCGCGACAGUCGGCAUACCCGUGAUCUUGUGUGGCCAACGACAUCCUUGGUGCUGACUUUCAAGAAGAUGAACGUGAUGACGCACUGGAAGUUCUCCAAGAAUACAUCAUGGACGGCAGAAUGGUCAUGUCCCGAGAAGAUUAUACUGCGUUCCGUAACGACGAGGAAGCCGCAAAGAAACGCCGAAAACCGGGCAUGCCACGCACGCGGUACAUAUUCACGGCGACGGAGACGGAUGACGAGUACGGUUAUGAACACUGAUGUUCGACUCGACUACAGAGAUGUAUCCCAAUAGCAGUUUCAGUCUGAGCAUGGUCGCGUGGUCCUCCAGGUGGUAUGCGAGGCAGCUAUCAACACCAG